GACGAGUGUGAUUGUCAGUCAUGUCAGUCACCUUUAAAAUUAACGACAACUUAUAUCGUGUCGGUGAGGAUGUGGCUUCCACUACGAGUCUGCUGGACUACAUCCGGCAGCGGCUGGAGCUGCGCGGCACCAAGUACAUGUGCCGGCAGGGUGGCUGCGGCGCCUGCAUCGUCACCGUGGUCAGGGACGGCAUCACGAUGUCUGUUAAUUCGUGUCUAGUAUCAAUAACGUCAUGUCACAACUGGGACAUUACCACGAUAGAGCGCGUGGGGAACAGGGUGCAAGGCUACCAUCCUUUGCAGACCACCCUGGCGGAUUACAACGGCUCGCAGUGCGGCUACUGUAGCCCAGGAUGGGUCAUGGCUAUGUAUAGCCUCCUGAAAGCAAAGCCAAACGUAACAAUGCUAGAAAUAGAGAACUCCCUAGCAAGCAACAUUUGCAGAUGUACCGGCUACAGACCAAUAUUGGAUGCCUUCAAAACAUUUGGCAGCGACUCUCCAAAACCUACUAAAAUUGUAGAUAUUGAAGACCUAGAUGUAAUGUGUAAGAAGACUGGCGAAAUGUGUAUAAAGAAGAAUUGUGAAGAAUCAGAAUGGUGCAUGGUGUCCCAAGACGAUGUGAUGGCUACUAUAACUAUUUAUUUGAACGAUGGAAGAAUCUGGUUUAGAGUACAAGAAUUGUGCGAAAUAUUCAACAUUUUUAGAACAUACGGUGUUGAUAACUACAUGUUAGUUGGUGGUAAUACUGCAAAAGGAGCUUACCCCAUAAUUGAAUAUCCCAGAAUACUAAUAGACAUAACAGGUGUGCCAAUACUAAAAAGUUACAUGAUUGACCAGAAUCUGGUGGUCGGAGCUGCGACGACUCUGACUGAACUGAUCAGUAUAUUCCAGGAUGUUUCGAAUGAUGACGACUUCAAAUACCUGCUUGUAUUGAUCGGGCAUUUGAGAGAGGUUGCUCACAUACCUGUGAGAAAUAUUGGCACAAUUGCUGGCAAUUUGAUGAUAAAACACAUGCAUCGUGAUUUCGCAUCUGAUGUGUUUCUUCUAUUUGAAACUGUUGGAGCUAAACUAAAAAUACAGAAUUAUAUGGCAGCUGCUCCAAAAAUAAUUUCACUGCAACAAUUUCUCAACGAAGACAUGAAAGGUACAGUUAUAGUUAGCGUGAUGUUGCCACCUCGAAACUACAGUUAUAGGAUCUACACGGAGAAGGUAGCUCCUAGAGCACAGAAUGCCCAUGCGAUAGUUAACGCAGGUUUUCUUUACAAACUUGAUGCGCAUGCACGAGUCAAAGAAUGUAGAAUUGUGUACGGUGGACUGUCGUCUGUAUUCAUAAGAGCUUUUAAAACUGAAAGCCACUUAAUUAAUAAAGAGCUUUUUAACAACGCAACCUUGCAAGGAGCAGUAAAAAUUUUGGCAAAUGAAAUAAUAGUGACCAGAGAACCAGAGGAAUUUAAUGUGGAAUACAAACGUAGAGUGGCACUCAAUUUACUUUAUAAGGGCUUAUUGGCUCUGUGCCCUAAAAAUAUUUUAGCACCCAGAUAUCAGUCUGGAGCCAUAAAAAUACACCAAACGAGGCCAGUCUCGGAGGGUCUGCAGAUAUUUGAAACGAACCCAAAGAUAUGGCCGUUGAACCAACCAAUACCAAAGGUUGAGGGAUUGAUUCAAUGUUCAGGAGAGGCUAUGUACACGGAGGACAUGUCUAAAAUACCAUAUGAGGUCUUCGCAGCCUUUGUGCUCACGACAGUGGGAUCAGGAAACAUAGGGCACAUAGACCCUUCAAGGGCACUGCGAGAACCGGGAGUGAUCGCAUUCUACUCAGCUAAAGACAUUCCUGGAUUGAACACUUUCACUGUUCCAGAUAUAGUCAAUGCUUCGGCCGAUGAAAAAGUACUUUGCGAUGGGAAAGUCGCUUACUUUAACCAACCUCUAGGUGUUAUUGUGGCUGAGACAACCUACAUCGCAAACAAAGCUGCUCUAAUGGUGGACGUCACUUAUUCCAACGUCAGACAACCGAUUACCGACGUAAGAGUCGCUAAAACGAUUCCUAGCAUGUAUAACUUCUACCUAAAUAUCAAACCGACAGAAACUUUGAACGAUGUUUCUAAAAUAAUAAAGGGAUCACAGUCGAUUUUCAACCAAUACCACUUCUGCUUGGAAAACUUGGCAGCCAUAUCUUGGCCGAGUGAUCAAGUGUUAAUAACCAGCGCGACGACACAAUUUCUAUCGAACAUUCAGUAUACUGCUUCAAAAGUUCUGGCGCUACCUCAAAACACAUUUUUCUGCAAGACGCGACGAGCGGGUGGCGCGUACGGCUACAAGCUAUCGAGGACGGGCAUGCUGUCGACGAUGUCAAACCUGGUGGCCCACAAGCUCAACAGGCCCUGUCGGUUCAUCACCCCCAUACAGGUUCAGAUGAGAGCCAUAGGGAAACGUAUGCAGUCCUCUACUAAUUAUGAGGUAGGCGUUAACCAGGACGGAAUGAUACAAUACAUAAACUAUGACAUUUUCGAAGACAACGGGUGUAUUGUUAACGAGCUGCUCAUCAACUUGGCGACGGAUACCUACUACAACUGCUACGACAAAAGGAGAUGGAACUACACUUCGUAUAAUGCCAUCACCGACACUCCUUCAAAUACUUGGUUCAGAGCACCUGGUACGUUGGAAACAAUCACAACAGAUGAAAUGAUAAUGGAAAGAAUAGCCUACGAACUAGAUUUAGACCAUUUAGACGUUCGGUUAGCUAACCUAGAUCCUGAACACGCUAGUGUGAUUAAGGGAAUGGUUAACACGGUAAAAACGAGAGCUAACUACGAUACAAGAAAACAAGAAGUUAGUAAAUAUAACAAAGAGAAUAGAUGGAAGAAACGGGGCUUAAGAUUCACAAUAAUGACAUGGAGUGGCCAAGGACCGUCUAAUUUAAAUAUAAUACUAUCUGUCUACUACACCGAUGGUACAGUCACCAUAUCGCACGGUGGAAUAGAAUUAGGACAAGGAAUAAACACGAAAGCGAUACAAGUAUGCGCUUAUUUUCUCGGCAUCCCAACUAGCAAAAUAAAAAUUAUUCCUAACAACACGCAUACUUCACCAAACAAUUUACACACUGCCGCUAGUGUUACAUCUCAGAAUGUGGCUUUAGGUGUGCAGAGAUGUUGCGAGAAGCUGUUAGCAGAAUUAGCGCCGUUACGGCUAAAAAUGAAUAAUCCUACUUGGGAAGAAUUAAUCUACAGUGCCUUCAAAUCGGGCAUGAGCUUACAAGUGACUUCUUAUGUAAGUCCGAAUGAAAUAUUUGACUACAAGGUAUAUGGAGUUACAUUGGCAGAGGUGGAGAUAGAUGUACUGACAGGACAGUGGGAAAUUCUACGCCUAGACUUAUUGGAAGACGUAGGACUCAGCGUCAGUCCUGAAAUAGAUAUUGGACAAAUCGAAGGAGCUUUCAUUCAGGGUCUCGGAUAUUGGACGACUGAAAACAUAGUAUACAAGGAAUCAGGAGAAAUAGUAACAGAUAGCACAUGGACCUACUGGGUGCCACAAGCCAGAGACAUACCUCAAGACUUUCGAGUCUAUUUCCGAAAAGGAUCUUUCAGUCAAGAUAUUAUUUUGGGUUCAAAAGCUACCGCUGAACCUGCUACCUGCAUGGCGGUCGUGGUGCCAUUAGCGAUGAGAGAAGCCAUGGUAUCAGCUAGAUCUGAGUCUGGAUUGUCAUCCACAAAAUGGUUCCAAAUAGAUGGGCCCUACACCGUGGAGAAAAUAGGCUUGGCGUGCGAAACCAGGCCGGAGGAUUUUAAAUUUUACUGAUUACGGAGCGAAGUGCCAACGCAGCGGGCUGCAUAAUUUAUCUAGUGUUUUGUCGUAAACCCUCAGAUGAGAGAGGGAGAGAUUACCAGAGAAAUUCAUAGAUUUGCUUGAGUAAUAGUCGGUCCA